AAAUAUGUAAAAACAUAUUUUUAUUUUAUAAAUGUAGCUUUAAUGUGUCAGUUUUGCUAAAAUGAAUCAAAGUAACGCCAGGGUGUCCUAAUUAUUCCACAUGACUAAAAUGUUUCCUGAACUUCUCGGCGCUGAAAGUCAGCAGACAUUCAUCUGAUGACGUCAUUUAAAAAAAGGAAACUGAUUUAUUUUAGUUGAAUUAAUCAGUAAUCGAUCCUGACCGGCCGCCGGGUUUGGACGUGGAGCUCUGGAGCGGCUCUCCCAGGGUUCUGCUGGUAUGUGAGGCUCGGCCCGCCCCUUUCCGCCCCGCAGACCCAAACUCUCCGGCGGGACAGAGCCACAGCUCCGGCGGCUCGCUCGGACCACCCGGACCCGAAGCGCGCGUCCUGUCCGCGGGAAGCACAGCCAGCCUGGAGCCGCCGCGUCUCAUCGCCCUGAUCCCGGUCCGCCGCGGCCAGGUGAGCGUCCGAACCGCCUAGCGGGAGUCCAGCCCGGUUUUGAGAUGCCCUGAUCCCGUUCCCAGGCCAAACCCUGGAGCGACCCGCAGAACCAACUGGAACCCAACUGAACCCGGUUCCCUCAGGUUCUGCCUCUCUAACGUCUUCAAUGAUGCGAAACAUCAAAUCAAAGAAAUUGGUUUGUGAAUAACAAACAGUCUGGUGAAGAGUUUGGUCCUGCAGACCUGGAUUUGCCCUUCCGUCUUGGAAAAACUUGAACUAGGACCAAACUUUGAGCUGAGGUUUGUUGUUGGUUUCGGUUCGGAUCUUGACUGGGAGAACCUCCACCAGGUUCUGUGGUCAUGAAUCUUCAGGAGAAGCUGUCCGGCCUCAAAGGCCUGGUGUCCCCCGGCCGGCGGCGCCAUAAGGGCGACCUGACGGCGGAUAUGAUCAGCCCUCCGCUGGGCGACUUCCGCCACACCAUGCACGUCGGACGCGGCGGCGACGUCUUCGGAGACACGUCCUUCCUGAGCAACCACGGCGGGUCGGCCAACGGCGGCAACGGCGACGCCGACUCCGUCUCCUCACCCGACAACAAGAUCGGCGCGUUUUUCUCCAGGACGCUGCGUCACAUCCGGCGGGGCUCGGACAACCGACCCCGGGACGCAGCGAAGGAGUUGUCGCCGCCGCCGCCCGCCGUGUCGCCCAUCAUCAAGAACGCCAUCUCCCUCCCGCGGCUGGACGUCGACACGCCCAACGGGAGUCCCACCGCCAGGGCGCUGUUCCCCGGAUCCCCGCCGGACCGGGAGAAGAGCUGCUACGGUCUGGAUUCCGGGUUCGUCACUCUGCCCCGUCUGUCCCGGUUGGAGCGCCAGCAGCCGUCCAUCCGCGGCUCUCUCACCGAUCAGACCGACGCCAUCUUGUCUCCCUGCUCCGCCGCCAUCGUGACCUCUGAACCCAAACGGACGACCCGCGCUGCGUACUCCGACUCCUUGCCCUCCCUCACGUCCCUGGACACCUUCACCUUUGACCUCGGCCCGUCCCUAAUGAGCGAAGUGUUCGGGCUGAUCGACGGGCGCCCGGAGGAGAGCGGCGCCGCGUGGCGGGCGGAGGAGGCGGAGUCGGCGUGCGGGUCGGACGGUUCCGCCACCGUGUCCUUCGUGGACUCGUUGCUGAGGGAGGACGGCGGCGGCGGGACGAGUCCUCACCGGUGUGAGGAGGAAAACGCGGCGAGGGGAUUCUCCGGGGAAGUGCCGGACGUGCUGCUGGGUUCGGCUGAGCGGGUCGGGGUCCGGAUGGAGAGCGAGCGGUUUCAGAGCGCUACCGACGUGCUAGCACGCCACUACGGCGUCGGCCUCUUAAAGGGACAGAACAAGAUGGAGGAGCUCCGGAGUCAGCCCAGGAAGACAACAUCCUACAGCUUCAUGGACGAUGAGGAGGAAAUCAAAGUCUGACAGGAAGGAACCAAACGGACCCGGUUGACCUUCCUGAAGAGGUCAGGACUCCACAACAAACAUGUCUGCCAGGCGUUGCACAAAAUCAGGAGAUUUUCUCCAAGAACCAGCUUUUUAGGGCGUCUGUCACUUUAAAUCCACACAAGCUGCUGCCUACGUGAAAAUGGCUGCAAAAAGAUGCACAAUUAUGCGACUGUACAACUUAGAAAGGCAGAAGUGGCGCCUCCUGCACAACCAUCAACGCAGCAAGUUAUAAGGGCUAUUAUAGAUCGAAAAGAGUAAUUUCCACAAAAAAACUAGAAAUUUAUAAAUUAAUUUCUGAAAUUUUCUAGAAAAGGUCAAACAUGUUAAAGUUCAGCAAAUUUUGAAACUCAGAUUUCCAAGUUUUCUCUAGAAAAUCUCUGAGAAUUUCUUAACCUUUUUUUUUUUCUAGCAAAUUUUUGAAACUCCAAGUUACUUCAAGAAAAUUUCUGAGAUUAAUCUCAAAACUUGGCAAACAGUUGUUUCCACUCCAGUUUUAUUUUCCCACCUUUGAUGGCCCUAAAGCUCCGUCGUAGAAAAUGCCUUCUGGAUGGUGAGUCAACAACAAAACCCGUCUUUUCCUGCAGCCAUUGUACAGCAAAUACAUUGGGAAAACCAGCUGACCAAACAU